AUACAAUUCCAUACGCCAACGCUUGCAUUCUCGAUCAGUUAAAGAAAAACCUCUAGAUCCUCCAUCGUAUCGCCAUCGACGAUCUUUGACCGCCGGCAGUUCAGGCUUUUCUGCGAUGAUUCUGGAAGGAAGAAGAUGGAGGCCCAGGGUUGGUUGGUCAUUAUUGGGCUGUGGCCAAAUGGUGCAGUUGCAUCUAUCAAAAUUCAAGGGGUUCCUUUCUGAUGGCCCCAAUGGCCAAGAUAUCUGUGUAAGAUCAGCAGGUUCUGGAGUGUAUUCGCUUGAAGACUAUUCUCAAGUCUCUUGAAGAUUUGUAAAUUUCUGUGACAUGGCAACAAAUAUGUCUAGAGUUCUAUGUAAUACAACUGAUGUUUCCCUUUGUGGUGGAGAUGCAGCUACUUAUUGUAAUCGCAAGUCAAGGGAGGUUUCAAAUUUCAAGUAUGAUGCUCUUCUAAUAUCAGAGGACCAUGUAGUAUUUGCAGUCAUUCCGUUGAGCUACAUAUGUUCUGGUUUGGUUAUUUGCUGCUUCUAUUGGGUAGCGUUUCUUCAUUGGUGGUUGUAGGUCCUUGUUUAUGCUAACAAUAUUAAACAAUGAAUAUAGCAUAUCCAAAGACCAAUCACACUUCCAGGAAUUUAGGGAAAGUCAUGGCUUCAUCUCUGUAUUCCUGCCAAAAUAAGGGUGUAGUAGUAAUGAUUUUUAUCAGUUGAUCCAUCCCUCAAGAUCUCCCUUUUCACUUAGUUUCCAUUGAUCUUUGCAGGAUUGAAUUAUUUAGGUCGAAUUGCCAGGGAGAAAUUUAUGAGGUACCUUUUGAUCCUAUCUUGUCUGCAAAAUAAGAUUUGCUUCAUAACCGUGGCAAAGCUAGAUAGGUAUGAGAGGAUACAGAUGCUAUAGCACAUUAUUGGUUGAAAAUCAAUAUGUUUUUAAAAAAUUUAGUGCCAGGAGAGAUGGUCGCGCAAAGCUAAGGAAUCAAGACACUACUUUCCGAUAUAGCCUCCCUAUACAUAUGUUCAACGGGGAACUUGGAAGAUGAGUAGCAUGAGUAGUUCUAUUACUUUCUGAAAUGUGUUAAUCUUAAUUUUGGAACCACUGAAGAAUAGUCAAUGAUGUUGAACCUUCUAUUAUUUUUUGUUUCGUAGUUCCAGUAGCUGAUUCUGGAAUCCUUUUUGUCAAUUUGAUAAAUUUCUGAUAAAGUUGUCGUUAUAUAAAUGCAUUCACUCUUUAACAAAUAAGAAUAUGAACAAUAAAGUAGCAGACCUUAAAGGUGUUCGGGUUUUUUGUUGCAAUUAUAUAGCUAACCUAGUGCCUAGGCUUCUUGUCUUUGCAUGGGUUGGGGAGGGAAGUCCUUAUCUGUGGGCUUUCCCUUUCAUUUUGCAAAAAAGGGCUGCCGUAGGGACUCAAUAUGCUGACCUCCCGGACACAAAAAAUUAACCUUACUGACUCCCCAGUUAACCUUUUGGUGAAUGGAGGAGUAACCCUUGUUUUUCAUCCUUUCCGGGUACAUUCCCUAUUUUUUUAGCACCUAGUCAUUCCAAACCCAAUUUUGGGGAAGCCCUUAAUAUUUUUAUUCACGAUAAUCAGUGGACUACUUUCUCUUACAAUCAAUAAUGUCAUUUAUGAAAACUAUACUAUUGCAUUUUGUUAUCUUUGUCAUUUUUAGAUUUGAUUACGUAAAAUAAUUUAUUAGGUUGGAUGUUGUAGCAUUGUCUGGAAAGUAUAAUUUGAAACUACACGAAUGUGAGGAUUUAGAAGAGAUCUAUAUGGAACCUCAAUCGAAGCAUUUGCAAAAUGUAAGCUGAGAACAAAUAAAUUAUCUUGGUGUCUACUGAGAUAUGAGUGUCAAAGGGGUUUAUACAAAGUGUAAAUGCUCUUCUGAGGGACUUCUUAAAUGCUCUUUGCAACAAUAGUUUUCAAGAAUAUUGAGUACUUCUUACUUCAAUGCGAGUUUUGACACUCUUUUGGGACUGCUUGGUAGAAAUGCUCUUGUGUAUAUUUGCUAUCAUGGCUCAUCCCAGCUUCAAGACAUUUUCCUCAUCUGUACAGGUUGGAAUAACAGUCUUUCAAGACGCAGUGAAAUAAACUCUUCUGUCAAAAGGCAUGAGGCAUAGACAAUUCUCUAACUCAUUUACGAGAUCUGGAAUUGACCAACAUGACAGCAACCAUACGCCGGUGGAGCAGUCGUACUUUUCUCCGGGUAGGGCUGUUGCCCCUGAGAAUGGUCCUUUUGUUGGUCAGAUGAAUCAUAUGUCAAGAGGUGGAGUACACUCUGGUUCACAUCGGAAUUUGGAAAGCAGAGGAAAUGAAUACCCUUCAUCAAAUGUUAGCAUGGAAGUACAGCCCUUUGUGCCAAAUUUUUCAGGCUCUUCGGUUGAUCCAUACUUGCAUUCAUCAAUAUCAGAAAAUAGAUCUUUGGCCCCAGUGCCUCCUGUUGGGCAGGUUCAUUGUACUAACUAUAAUGUUCCAAGUAUACAUGAUGUGGAAGCCGGUCUGUCGAACUGCACAACAGGCAAUGUCGGGCCGCCUAAAAGAAAAAGGUCAGAUAUGACCGGAUCAUGUGAAAGGGGUAGUUCGAGCAGCUUCUAUAGUGCAGGAAGUUCAUCCAGUUCUUCUCAGAUGCCAAGGGAAAAACCAGCUGUGGAUUGUCAAAGUGUACCUCCAUAUAGGGGCAGUCUCACAAUUGCUGGUGAAGAAGAUUCACCUAGGAAUGUGAGGCGUAGAUAUAGACUUGAUCUGGAACCUAGCAUGACAAGAACUAAUGUACCAAGCCAUUCUUCUCAUUUCUACCAAUCAAUGGCACAUCCAGCAAACUACUCUGCCCCUGUUCAACAUGCCAAUCUAGAUGCUAAUGGUGGACAGUGGAAUUCUGCUCCUCGUUAUGCUGCUUCCUCUCACAGAAGGAUCUCGCCUUCAGAUACAAGUGGCUUGCGGCAUGAGAUGAAUCAGUUCCAUAUUGGAGGGAGUUCUUCUGAUGUUGGUGCCUGCCACCGUGAUCCUGUUUUCAGCAGACAUCCUGUUUCAACUUCACAAAAUCUUCAUAGUCCCCAUGCUCCAUCACACGUCAACCAUUCUCAAAGAGUUCAGUCUACAUAUGGGAAUGGUUCAAGGUACUCCCACUAUCCACAUGGUGGUACUUCAUCAACAAAUGGAGUGCGUACGCUCCCAGAGAAUUUCUCUUCUAGAAAUUCAAGACAUUGCUCUCCUGGAGGAUGGCGCAGUAGUUACAGGAGUGGAAGGCCGAGGAUAGCUGUUGAGAGAUUCCAGUCUGUUCUUGAUAUAACGGAAUCCCAUAAUAGAAUGGGACAGGAGACCAUGAUGAUGGAAUCCUUCAAUGGUAACUCCAGGAAUACCUCGGAUCAAUAUAGAGAUUUGAGGCUAGACAUUGACAGCAUGAGUUAUGAGGAAUUGCUUAAUCUUGAAGAAAGGAUAGGGAAUGUUAGCACUGGUUUAUCCGAGGAUAGCAUGUCCAAGUGUUUAAAGGAAAAAGUUUAUUAUUGUUGUUCGGACCAAGACCAAAACCACGAGGAAGAUUCUUGUCCCAUCUGCCUUGAAGAGUACAAGAAUGGUGAUAAGGUUGGAAGGAUGGAAAAAUGUGGGCAUGAUUAUCAUGUGGGGUGUAUCAAGAAGUGGCUGUUGAUGAAGAAAUUAUGUCCCAUCUGCAAAACAGAAUACUCAAAUCAAGAAGCAAACCCAUAACCCACUUAGUUUGCUUUUUGUUGUUAUUUUGUAAAUAAGUAGGAAGAAAUCCUGCUGCUGUUGUUUUUAUGAUAAGAAAACAAUGAAUGAAUAAUAGUUGUUAGGAAUCCAAUUAUUGUUAUGAAUGAUUGAUUUAUGUGUGGGACAAAAAAUAUUUCCUCCU